CUUUGGAAGGCCGACAUUGUUUUUUUAUUCUACAGCUGCUUGUGCUCCAUUUAGCAUGUUGCCAGUAUUCUACUAUUGCUAAUUCACUGCUUCGAGAAAUGUACCAGUCUGUAGAUAAUAACAAAACAAAUGUAUAACCCAAAAUAGUUGAUAGUUAGCAUCUGAGCUAAUCAAUCCAUGUGUAGUAGGUUGCAUUCUUCACCGUCGGAUAAACUUCACACCAAUGAAAAUCAACGUCACUCAAAUGAAACAACCGGGAGGGUAAACAUGUUUUUACUGUUUGUAAUAUUAUUUAAAUAGCUGUACUCAGUGUGGAUUACUCGGAAUAUGUGAAAAAGGUUGCAAAAAACUACUUCGUCAAGUCAUUUGAAACAGUUGGUCCACGGGGCUCUUGAACGCAGCACAGUUUACGUCCAAUGAAUUGGACCGUGACGACAAGCCCCGCCCCCUCCAGAGAAGCAUUAAAGCCUCCACGGUUGUCACAGUUAACAACAAACUUUGACACUACACACGCAAUCAUGAUCAACUAUAAGGCUUUAGACAACGUCCCCCUCCUUCUCUACAUCCUGGCCCUGAAGACCCUGAUCCUGUGUCUGGGGUUCGCCGGGGUGAAGAUCUACCAGAGCAAGAAGGCAGACCAGGCGCUGAAGAAGCAGAGAGACGAGCAGAAGAGGCUAGCCCAGAUCACCCAGGAGCUCAUAGACAACAAGAAGGACGACUGAGAACACCUGCACACAGGGAACAUGUUUCUGACCUGAGGAACAUGCCAGUUUCUCCACAAACGAGCCGGAUGUCUGACUGUCGGCAGCAGGAGGUCCUCCCUGUGCUUUACAUCACUCUACUGGUUUUCCAUAUGUAAAUGUUUGACCGAACUAUCAGUCAAACAUUGUUUUUUAAUCAAAUCGAAGGACAGCAGGAAAGCUGAGGGACUGUUUUGUCUUUUUAACAGUGAAGAAACACACGGCCCAGCGUCCACUCCUUUCUGGGCCUCAUCUACUGUUGUCUUUAUACUCGUCACACUUGACUUAGCUUCACUUUGUACACCGGGAGUGUUAGUGUAUCAAUGCUAGUCAAAUCUGCUUAUUCUCAAGAAUACAGCAUGGUAUUUAUUCUGAAAUAUUCCUUGUAAAUUGUCUACCUGCAUUGUGCCAAACUUUUAUAUUUGUAUUAAACUGUUUGUUCCACAUGUU